AUGAUUCAACAGGUGAAUCCACAUUUUGCAGCUGACCAACUGUCUAGUAACACUGAUCUUGGAGAAAGCUCUCGCGUUCAGUUAAUUCUGUUGCUGGUGACGAUUGUUGUCAUCUCUGAAACUUCCGACGACGGAUCCAGUGGCGGCGAUCUAACCAAGAUUCAGAAAGGAGAAGAAGAACAAGAAGAGAAUCAAAACGAGAAUCCGAAAGAAGACGAUCAAGAAGUAGAUCAGAAUCUUGCUCCCAUUCGUCGACGAGACAUCCCAGUGAUACUCAUGGAAAGAACCGUCGCGCUCAUCCGGAGAUGUCAUUACCCGAGGCUAUCUCUACUCUCCAAAGCCUUCCGUGACGUAAUCUCUUCGGAUCAACUCUUCGUAACGCGCUCGCUCCUCGGCUUGACAGAACCGGUUCUUUAUACCUUGAUUAGGCCGUUCCCACGUUUCGAGCCCCCAAUCUGGUACAUUCUCCAUCGAAGCAACAUCUCUUUACGGUUGAGCAGAAUCGUUUCACUUCCUCCGAUGUAUCCUGGAUGCACUGCCGUCACAAUCGGACACAAGAUUUACGUUAUGGGUGGCUUUAACGUCCGCUUAAACCGACCCGUAAGGACUGUGGUUGUCAUAAAUUGCAGAUCCCACACGUAUCGCCAGCUCCAAAGUAUGAAAAGGGAUCGUUGCUUCGCUGCCUCCGGUGUAAUUGACGGAAAGAUUUACGUAGUCGGAGGUAGGGAGAAACGAUAUUAUGAUUGGGUAGAAGUGUUCGAUGUAGAGACUGAGACUUGGGAAACUGUGCCUGCUCCACUCUAUCGAUAUCCUGUUGCUAGUUCGAUUAGCAUGUUUCCUUUACUUGUGGUUUUGGAUAAUAAAAUUUACAUUAUGGAUGGUCCGUUUUGUUUGGCUUACGAUCCGAGACUACGUAGAUGGGAGGAUCGGGGACCUACAAGUCCACGGCACGCUUCGUCUUGUGUGGUUGAUGAUUUGCUGUAUUCUAUUAAUGUUCCUGAUCUGGCGGGUUUUGGUUCUUCUAUUAUCGUGUAUGAUCCAAGGGAAAUGGUUUGGAGACCUGUCAAGGGUGUAGAUCUUUGGCCUCCUCUCGUUUAUAUUGAGUCUAGAAUGGUGAGUUUUGGUGGCAAGUUAGUGAUUCUGGGAUAUUAUAAUGGGAGCCGGGGUGUUAUUUGGUGCGUGGAGGUGGCGUUGGAGAAACGUGAAGAUGGUGAUAUUUGGGGGAAGUUCGAAUCAAUCUCGCGUGUGUGUUCAUUCAGCGAGUCUUGUUUGCUUGAGUUUGCUCGAACUGUUACGGUUUGA